GCCGGCACCAGGCGCAGCCCGCCUAGCCCCUGCCGUGCCGAGCGCGCCCGCUCUCGCUGCCCCCGCCUCGCGCCUGCGGCCUCCGCGACGCCGACGCCCGCCGUCGCGACACUCGCGUCCUCAGCUGCCGCCGGCGGGACCCGCGCACCCUUGCGCUUCUCGUGCCGCUUCAUCCACAGCCACUUCCGCAGCGAUCCACCUCUACAUUAACAGAGUGCCAGUGAAAUGAGCGAAGAACACACAUCUCUACCAUGAGCGACUUCAGCCUGCCCGAUCCCGGCGCUGCCGUGGAGCCGGCGGCGGCGCCGCUGGGGGCUGUCCCGGAGGCGGAGUCGUCGGCGGGCUCAGGGUCGGGGGCGGCGCCGCUGGAGCCGCUGGGCCCCGCGUGGCAGGCGCUGCACGCCGUGGCGCUCGUGUCGCUGGCGCUGGCCGGCUCGGCCGCCAACGUGCUCGUGCUCGCCGUCUUCUACCGCCGGCCCGCGCUGCGCUCGCCCUCCAACAGGUUUGUGCUGAGCCUCGUGGUGUCCAACCUGCUGGCCGGGCUGGUGGUGGCUCCUGCGCUGCUGGUGCAGCUGCUGCGGCCCGCGCACUGGCUGCGCCACGUGUGCGCCGGACUCACCACGCUCGCCGUCACCGCCUCCAUCUUCAGCAUCGUCGCCAUCGCCGUCGACAGAUACAGCGCGGUGCUGAGCCCGCUGCACUACGCGAUGACCAUCACGCGGCGGCGCGCGCGUGGCAUGAUCGUGGCGGCGUGGGCGGGCGCGGCGCUGCUGGCGGCGCCGCCGGUGCUGGGCCCGCGGCCCGUGGGGCCGGGCGCGCCGCCGCUCGCCUGCGGGCCCUCGGCGCGCUCGCACGCCUUCCGGCUGGCCUACGCGCUCGCGCUCUUCACCGCCGGCUUCGCGCUGCCGCUGUGCGCCCUCUGCUGGAUCUACGCGCGCAUGUACAAGGCCGCGCACCGCAACAGCGAGCGCACCCGCCGGCACAGCGUCUCCACCAACCCGGGCGAGCUCGUCGGCUCCGGCGGCGGCAGCAGGGGCGGCUCCCUCGACCUGCCGCAGCCGCCGCAGCCACAGCCGCACCAGGAGGGGUGCCGGCGGCCCGGGAAGAACCCGCCGCUGUCGCAGCUGUCGCAGACGAAGCGGCGCUGCUCCAACGCCAGCCUGUCGACGCUGCUGUUCCGCGAAGAGGGCCGCGCGGUGAAGACGGCCGCCAUGGUGGUGGCGUCGUUCCUGCUCUGCUGGACGCUCUUCUUCGCGACCGUGCUGGCGGACGCGUGGGCCGCCACGUGGCAGGGCGCCGACGACGAGGACGAGGCCGAGGCGGAGGGCCCGGGUUCGGUGCCCGAGCACUGCCGCCGGCUGGCCGAGCUGCUGGCGCUCUCCUCGGGCUGCGUCACGCCCGCCAUCUACGUGUUCCGCAACGAGGCGGCGCGCGCCGAGGCGCUGCGGCUGCUCCUCUGGUGGCGCCCCCUGGCCGCCGCCGCAGCCGCCGCCGCCGCCUCCGCCACCGCCGCCGUGCACCGCGUGGGCGAGCCCUGUGCCAUUAAGGCCGGAACGGGCGCCACACUGGGCUCCUCCCAGGAGGGCUACACGCUGCGCCGCCAGUCGCUGUCCUUCUGCGACAGCAUCUCCGUGCAGAGCUUCCAGAUACCUGCAGCUGCGGCCGCUUCCGGGGAGUGCCGGCACUGCACUGAGGCGCUGCACGCCACUGCGGACUUCAUCGCCACGUACGAGGUCAUCGAAAGCCCGGGCGACGAAAUCGAGGACAGAAAGGUAUGUGGGAACGAUAAUCUCAGUUGAAUUCUGACGGGCGGCCGGUCGCGGCGCGAGAGCGUCACGUUCCGGCUGGCGUUCCUGCCGGCGCGCCGGUGCCAGGCGUGCGUGCGCCAGAACUCGGACUCGUCGUCGGGCAGCGGCCACCCGCUGCUCAGGGACGGGCCCGGCGGCACGAUGGCCGCCGAGACGGACCCGCCCGCGCUCGCCGUCGCCUCGUCGGCCUCGUCGGCGGCGGCGCAGCGGCGGCAGCGGCUGAGGCUGGCGCGCGCCGGCACCGGCAGCUCGGGCGACGAGUUCACCGGCAGCGACGCCGACACGCCGCGGCACGCCGCGCUGCUCGGCCCCGGAGCCACCGACGCCGGCGCCGCCGACCUCAUCGAGAUGGGCGACCACACGGCCGCCACCGCGCUGCAGCUCUACAAGCCGCUGCCGCGGUCCGCGCCCACCUUCUUCCAGGAGACGUCCCUGGAGCACGCCCUGGCCAUACCGGCGGCGUCCGUAGUCGUGGCCUCGCCGCCGCCGUCGGCCAGGUCCGCAUCCUCUGGGGUGCCCGCGGACUGGCGCCAGGACUCAGGGUCGAGCGCCGGCGGCAGCGCCGUGCGGCAGGACUCGGCGCGCAGCGACGUCACCGUCGACAGCGGCGUCGUGGCGGACGCGCUGCUGCGCUCGCACUCGUCCUCCAGCUCGCUGUCGCUGAGCGGCGCCGAGCCGCCCGUGGCGCGCCGCCACAAGCUGCAGCGGCUGGCCGCCGUCGAGGACGAGGACUCCCCCGGACGGAGAGCGGCGCCGGCGCCGGCGUCGGCGUCGGCGUCGGCGUCGGCGUCGGUGCGGCCACGCUGUCGCCGGCAAGCGCCGCGGCGCAGCCGGCUCCUCGAGUCAGACGCCUGCGGUUCCAGGUGUAGGCAGCCGCACAUACACCUGCUACAGUCCGGGACGCUGACGUCACAGAAAGUGUCGCGGAACGUUACGUUAGUCGAGGGUGGGGGUUAUCUUGUGGUCCGUAUGACAUUUCCCACAUAG